AUUCGCCAGAUGUCUUCUGGUGGCCCUCCAGGAUCAUCAAGCGAGAACAUGCUGUACACACUGAUGAUUGGUGCUGUGAUUGCAGGCGGAAGUGUUUAUACAUACAAAGUUCUCCACAAGGACAAAGCCAGGUACAAUGAGAGAGUUGCAGAGAUAAUGGGACGCCCGAAGAGUGAAUGGACAGCUAAGGAGUGGCGACCAAAGCAAGAAGAUGAAUCGGUUGAAGUCCAGUUUCCUGACGUUGUUGGAACGAGUGAAGAGGCCUCGGAGUCAGCAACAGAAGAGGUCAAAAUUCCUACAGCUGAAAGUGUCGUGCAAGCUGAAAGUUCUGCACUGGUUGUAGAACCUAAUGAGAGCCCAUUGGAGGGCAAGGCUGUUGUGGAAAAGGCAGUGAUAGAAGUUCUGCCCCCGCCUGCUUCAGUCAAAGAACCAGAUGAUGACCGGUCUGUUGAGAUGGUUGAAGCUUCUGAAGAGGCUACAGAGUCAGGAAUAGAAGAAAUCAAAGUCCCCACAGCUGACAGCAUCGAGCAACCUCAUAGCCCUUCAACAGUUGUAGAACCUACAGAGAUCCAGCUAGAGCGGGAGACCAAGACGUCGAUUGCAGAUCAAAAGGAUGAGUUACAAUCUAAUGAAAUCAAAGAAUGGUCGGGAUGUUUCAAUGCCCCAAAGUAAUCUCCGCAUGAUUGUAAGAUAACAAGGUGUAGAGCUGGAUGAACACAGCAGGCCAGGCAGCAUCAGAGGAGCAGGAAGGCUGAUGUUUCGGGCCUAGACCCUUCUUCAGAUUCUCCAGCAUCUGCAGUUCCUACUAUCU